CCCACGGACCAGGCUCGGUUGAGUCGUCGGGUUGAGGCGGAGUGCGGUUGGAGUAUGAGAGGGUCGCGGCCGCGAUGAUCUGACAGAUGAAAUAGCGAGAAAAAAAGAAAAAGAAAAGAAAGAGAAGGCGGUCGUCCUCCCACACAAAACAAUGUUCCCCAAAGGCAAAGGCACCCCGGUGCCGUCGGACGGCCAAGCACGAGAAAAGUUGGCUUUGUACGUCUACGAGUAUUUGUUGCACAUAGGAGCUCAGAAGUCUGCACAGACCUUUUUAUCAGAGAUCCGAUGGGAGAAAAACAUAACACUUGGAGAACCCCCUGGAUUCCUACAUUCCUGGUGGUGCGUAUUCUGGGACUUGUAUUGUGCUGCACCAGAGAGGAGAGAGACAUGUGACCACUCCAGCGAAGCGAAAGCCUUCCAUGAUUACAGCGCAGCAGCAGCCCCCAGUCCUGUGAUGGGAGGGAUGCCCCCCAGUGAGGGCAUGCCGGGAGGACCCAUGCCACCUGGCUUUUUCCAGGGUCCUGCUGGUCCCCAGGGCUCUCCUCACCCUCAGCCUCCCCCUCCUAACAGUAUGAUGGGACCUCACAGUCAGUCCUUCAUGUCGCCUCGCUUCCCUGGAGGCCCAAGAGGUCCCCCCAUCAGGAUGUCCAACCAGCCGCCAGGCGGAGGACCAGGUCCUCAUCCCAUGCUGCCCAACAUGGACCCAACACGGCCACAAGGCCAUCCUAACUUGGGGCCAAUGCAGAGAAUGAGCGGCCCUCGAGGCAUGGGACCAAUGGGGCCCGGCCCUCAGAACUUUGGUGGUGGGAUGAGGCCUCCACACAACACCAUGGGUCCCGGUAUGCCAGGAGUGAACAUGGGCCCAGGGACUGGUCGGCCAUGGCCCAAUCCCAACAAUGCCAACUCUAUGCCUUACUCAUCACCCUCUCCUGGUGCAUACGGGGGUGCAUCUGGAGGUGGGGGGCCCCCAGGAACUCCCAUCAUGCCCAGCCCUGCAGACUCAAACAACUCUGGUGACAAUUUGUACACCAUGAUCAACACUGGACCCGGCAACCGAAAUAAUUUCCCUAUGGGCCCCGGCUCUGACGGACCCCUGGGAGCCAUGGCCGGGAUGGAACCACACCACAUGAACGGGUCACUAGGCUCUGGUGAUUUGGAUGGAAUGAACAAGAAUUCCCCAAACAAUUUAAGUGGCAUUAGCAAUCCUCCCGGGACCCCGAGGGAUGACGGAGAGCUGAGUGGAAACUUCCUCCACUCUUUUCAGAGCGAGAACUACUCUCCAACCAUGACCAUGAGUGUGUGACCUCCCCUCCACCCCGCCCGACAUUAUUUGCCAUCAUUCCGAGGAUCUGGACUCACUACUAUAGGACACGGCCAAACACAUCAGCACCGAAUCAGGGACAGGCGCCAUUUUGGUUCCACGCUAACGCCAGAAUGCUGAUCGGAGGGCGAAAAACGAAUCUAAACGGCUGGCGACUACUGCUCCUUGCUCAAAAAAAUUGAAGGACAAUUUCUCCAUUCACCACAACCCCCAAGUGUGACAAAACCAGCUACUGAAAAUGCAUACAUGACAGGUUUUAUGUUCUUUGCAGAGUGCCCAUAACCCCCUCGGCCCCCUCAACCCUAGAGCGAAGAGAGAGAGAGAGAGAGAGAUGGUUUAAGUUUACCUCUUGUACUUUUUAAUUUUUGCUUUGUGGUGCAAGAUGUGCAGGAAAUGUCUCCGCUUUUUGUCACUUAAAACACUGGAGAGUGUGCAUAUGCAUUGUGAGCUUGGAACAUCGAUGUCUUGUAAUUUUACUUCUCGCCAUGCAUACUGUGUCACAGUUGGACAUAGGACUCAGAAUUUGCCUUUUACUCUGUGGCCACUUUUAUGAAUAAUGUACUAUCCUACCCAAUUCCCUCCCUUCUAUUUAAAGAGGUUUGUAUCGGGGGGGGGGGGGGAGACUUGAAAGAUUACGGCUUUUAUUGUGACGACCUUUCGCGGUAUGUAAGUGCUCAGAUGGUUCUUACAAUGUCAGAUUGAUCCCGUUUGAUCAAUUCCAGUCUUAUUGUUGACAGCAGUGCGAUUCUGCGCUCUUGGCUGUUUUUUUAUUUUUAUUUAAACAGUCGCGUUCCUUCGUGGGGGA